AUCGCGCACUCCGAGGCGCCAGGUGUUGACACGCGUACUUAAACCAAAAUCCUCGCCGACUCCCCCAUCCUCUCCCUAACUUUUCUUCCCCCGGCCUUCUCUUUCCCUCAUGUCCUACCUCAUGCCCUAGGGUUGGAAGAGAAUACACCCCCAGAUCCGUGGCCGCGAUUUCAUCUCCAAAACUAUUCUCUCCAAAUUAAUCAGAGAUUCCGAGAUUUUGAUGCGAAGAGGAAAGAGGAAUAGAAAUUUUACUAUCUCAUUUGAUGUGAUUUGGUUUGCUUUCUUUUCCAUUUUGUUCUUCUUUCUUCUCUUCUUCGGAGAAUGAGAUCUGAGAAACGGGGGAGGAGUUCUUGGGAGACCUUUGAAUUGUUCUGAGGCUUAUUCCGAGGGAAAUUCUUGGCUUAGAUUUACCCUGGAGUUGGGGAUUGCGGGGAUCGAUGAAGACGGAGAUGGGGACGGGAGUGGGAGUGGGAGUGGGUUUGUCCGUGUGGUCGGACGAGGACCGGGCCAUGGCGGUGGCGGUCCUCGGCCACCAGGCCGUGGACUAUCUCUUCUCCAGCCAUGUGUCCUCCGACGGCCUCCUCACGGCUAUCGGAGGCGACGCCGACCUCCAGAACAAGUUCCAGGACCUCGUCGACCGCCCCGGCUCGCCCUGGGCUUCCGCUAUCUUUUGGCAGAUCUCCCGAUCCAAAUCCGGCGACCUCGUCCUCGGCUGGGGCGAUGGCCACUGCCGCGAGCUCCGCGACGGCGAGGAGGACCUCCGCCGCUCCGCUGCCGCCCUCGACGAUGGCCGGCAGAAGAUGCGGAAGCGGGUGCUCCAGAAGCUCCACGUCCUCUCCGGCGGCGCCGACGACGAGAACUAUGCUCUCCGCCUCGACCGGGUCACCGACGUGGAGAUGUUCUUCCUCGCCUCUAUGUACUUCUCCUUCCCUCGGGGCACCGGCGGCCCCGGGAAGGCCCUCGCUUCCAGGGAGCACGUCUGGGUCUCUGAUCCCAGCCUCCGAUUGCCGACGUUGGCCGCCGAUUACUGCGUCCGCGCGUUCCUCGCUAGGUCCGCGGGGUUCCGGACCGUCGUGCUCGUGCCGUUCGACACCGGUGUUCUCGAACUGGGUUCGGUGAAAACCGUGCCGGAGAGCUUCGAGGCCUUGCAGAUGAUACGGGCCGUGUUCUCUGCCGGCGAGAAGAAAGACGAGAAUGGCUUGGUUUUCCGCCGGGUGUCGGCGUCGGAGGAGUUCCCGAGGAUUUUUGGGAAGGAUUUGAACAUCGGGAGACGAUCUCAGUUCAACGACAGGCUCUCGGUGGCAACCAAGGUAGAAGAAAGGCCUUUCGAGAUCCAACCAAACGGCGGAAAUCACCAUCGGAUGGUGCCGGUGCCGGUCUCCAGUGGCCCCGUUAAUGGGCUGAAUUGGACUCAGCAGCAGAAGUUUGCUAACGGCAUGGUGGUGAUUGGCGGUGGCGAAGUGGAUCCAUCGUCGAGGGCUUUUGUUCAUCAUAGCAAUGGGGUCAGGGACGACCCUAGAAUGAACCUGUUCUCGACUCCGAAGCAGCAGCAGCAGCAGCAGCAGCAGCAGCCGCCUCCUCCACAGCCGCGGCAAAUUGAUUUCAGCGGCGGUGCGACUUCUAGGGCUUCCGGAGCACUGGCUGCCCGAUUGGGCGCGAUGGAAUCGGAGCAUUCGGAUGCGGAGGCUUCUUGCAAAGAAGAACGGCCGGGGGCAAUGGACGAGCGUAGACCACGAAAGAGAGGCCGGAAGCCCGCGAAUGGGAGAGAAGAGCCCCUCAAUCAUGUCGAAGCUGAGCGCCAGAGAAGGGAGAAGCUCAACCAGAGGUUCUACGCUCUCAGAGCCGUUGUUCCGAACAUCUCUAAGAUGGACAAGGCCUCUCUUCUCGGCGAUGCCAUAGCCUACAUUACUGAACUCCAGAAGAAGCUUAAGGAAAUGGAGGCUGAGAGGGAGCGGUGGCCGGAAUCCACAUCGAGGCUGGGGCAGGCUCCAGAGAUCGAUGUCCAGGCUGUGCACGAUGAGGUGAUCGUCCGAGUGAGCUGCCCGAUGGACACCCAUCCUGUUUCCAAAGUAAUCCAAGUCUUCAAGGAGUCACAGAUCAACGUGGUGGAUUCCAAGGUCUCCGCGAGCAAUGAAACAGUCCUGCACACGUUCGUGGUAAAGUCGCCGGGAUCCGAGCAGCUGACGAGGGAUAAGCUGGUCGCGGCCAUAUCUCGUGAGAGAUGAGCUCGUCGUCGUAGCAAUCCAUGGUGAGAGCUAGGCGGAUUAGCUGUGCUUUUAGGGAAGUACCUCAUAGGUUGCCUGUUUUGCAGGCACCAUUAGUUGAAAUCUUUUCAUGUUUAUAGUAUAUAAUUUCAUGGGAUUCAUGCUCUAAUUCUGCAAGUAGCGUAAUUUAUCUGUAAGCCGCUUACCAUUUUCUCAGUCGAUUACCCUAAUGUGACCAAAUUCUAUCACCUAGCUAUUGUUUCCUUUUCAAUGUUAAUUCUUCUUGACUGCAUCUCUCUUCAGUUCCAGUGUACUGGACUCAGGCUUGCAUGGAAUACUAGAUUUUUUGGACCCAA